AGUGUGUCACAGAGAGUUAACACUGGUUUCAGUUGUUGCAGGCUUUCAUUACUGCAGCGCGGCAUGCAGAGGGACGGCAGCAGCUCCUGGGCCAUAUGAUCUGUUCCAGCUCUGCGACUGGGACUCAGGGAUGAUCCUGCAACAGAUGGCAGAAGAGUGAGACCACAACGAAUGGCUUCCACAGGGAGUGGCCUCCGCAUCCAGGGGGAUGACAACCUCCAGUCCAUGCUGGUGGGGACGAUAAUGAGGAAAAUCAAGUCUCGUACCUGGAAGAAGCAACGCUACUUCAAACUGCAGGACGACUGCAUGACCAUCUGGUACCAAUCCAAGAAGGCUGGCAACACCCACUCCACAAUUUCAGUGAGUGAUGUGGAGGCAAUACGAGAGGGCCACCAGUCCGAGGUGCUGCUCAGCAUCGCCGAUGAGUUCCCGGCUGACCGAUGCUUCACGCUGGUCUUCCGCGGUCGCAGGGGCAACCUGGACCUGGUGGCUGAGUCAGCCGAGGAGGCUCAGUCCUGGAUCAGAGGCAUGAGGAAGCUGAUUGACAACCUGGAGAACAUGGGGGAGCGGGAGAAACUUGACCAAUGGAUCGGUGACUGGUUCAGGAAAGCAGACAAGAACAACGAUGGGAGAAUGAACUUCAAGGAAGUGCGGGAUUUACUGAAGAUGAUGAACGUGGACAUGAAUGAGCACCAUGCUCAUCGUCUCUUCACAAUGGCCGAUAAGUCCCAGUCGGGUACACUGGAGGACGAUGAGUUUGUUCUCUUCUACAAGAUGCUGACCCAGCGGGAGGAUGUAUUACGGGUUUUCCAGGAGUACUCAGCUGAUGGCCAGAAGUUAUCCCAGACUGACUUGGAGGACUUCCUGAGAGAGCAGCAGCUGGAGGGGGGUGACAUCCAGCAGCAUGCCAAGCAGCUCAUUGAGCGCUAUGAGCCCUCUGACACAGCCAAGCAGCUGAAUGCCAUGACGUUCGAUGGCUUCUUGAUGUACCUCGGCUCAGCUGAGGGCUCCAUCUUUCACCCACAGUGGCGGGGUGUCUUCCAAGACAUGACCCAGCCGCUGUGCCAUUACUUCAUCUCCUCCUCUCACAACACCUACCUUAUGGAGGACCAGCUCCGAGGACAAAGCAGCGUGGAGGGGUAUAUCAGAGCUCUGAGUCGUGGCUGUCGGUGUGUAGAGGUGGACUGCUGGGAUGGUGCCAAUGGAGAACCCAUCGUUUAUCAUGGACACACUUUCACCUCCAAGAUACUCUUCAAGGACGUGGUCAAUGCAGUGGGCAACUAUGCCUUCAAGGUAUCUGUAUAUCCAGUCAUCCUGUCCAUCGAGAACCACUGCAGUGUUGAGCAACAAAGAGUCAUGGCCCAACACCUCAACAACAUCCUUGGUGACAAGCUGCUGAAAAGCACAUUAGAUGGAAAGGCCCCCAUUGGGCUGCCAUCUCCUGAGGAUCUUAAGGGGAGGAUUCUGCUGAAGGCGAAGAAAAUCGGUGGUCUGGAGGAGAGUUUCAACGGGAUGGUGGAGGAGUCUCAAAGCGGAGAGGUCAGUGAUGAGGAAGAGGUGGCUGAAAUCGAUGAGGAUAACCUCCACCGCGAGAGUGUCCGUCGCAGGAUUAAGAAGUCAAAGCAGCAUCUGUCCAAGGAGCUGUCAGACUGUGUCGUCUACUGCAAAAGCGUCCACUUCAGUAACUUCAAACACUCUCGCAUCCACUCCAAGUUCUACGAGGUCGCCUCUUUCACAGAGUCCAAGGCCCGCAAACACCUGAGAGAGGCUGGGGCCGAGUUUGUGCACCAUAACUCCCGGCAGCUGACCAGGGUUUAUCCCAGUGGCUUCCGAACGGACUCCUCCAACUUCAAUCCUCAGGAAAUGUGGAAUGCUGGGUGCCAAAUUGUUGCAUUGAAUUUCCAGACCGCCGGGGAGGGGAUGGAUCUGAAUGACGGAUUGUUUAGUCAGAACGGCAGCUGUGGUUAUGUCCUAAAGCCUGGUUUCAUGAGAGAGGCCGAGAAAAGAUUUGACCCUGAGACACCCCAGAAACGGGAUGGCUACCAGCCAGUCGUCCUUACGAUACAGGUGAUCAGUGGUCAGCAGCUGCCCAAAGUCAACAUCAAAGAGGAUUCGAUAGUGGAUCCUCUGGUCAGAGUAGAGAUCCACGGUGUUCCAAGCGACCAGGCCAAGCAGGAGACCAGAUACAUCGAGAACAAUGGCUUCAACCCCGUGUGGUACGACACCCUGCGCUUCACCAUCCACUCUCCUGAGCUGGCCAUGGUGCGCUUUGUGGUGGAAGACUAUGACAAGACUUCAAAAAAUGACUUUGUGGGGCAGUAUACACUCCCUCUCAGCUGUAUACAACAAGGUUAUCGUCACAUUCACCUUUUGUCCAAAGAUGGGACCAGUAUUCCUCCCUCCUCCUUAUUCGUACACAUCAGGAUUACAGAACUGGAUAAACCUUCACUUUCCUAAUCCAGCGGAGGUAUCAGAAAGAACGUGCUCAGCACAUCUUAUUUAGUCAUGAUAGUUGAGUCAUUACUUCCCAUAGAAAUACUUCUCCUAACAUAGUAUUUAUUUUUAUUCUUGUUUUAUGUAAAUAAGUACUACGCCAAAUCUAUAGUGGUUCUUAGGCAGCAUAUGAGAAAUGCAUGUUUUUGUUUCCUCCAUUAUAAUGUGUGUAACUUGUUCCUGUGAUUGACUUGAACUUUGCUGCUCAUGUUUGGUGUCCCAGAUAUUUGUCCCUGCUGAAAUAUUGUGUUGUAAAGAAGAAUGUGCCAGCAACAUGUUUAGAUCAGGAUGAAUAUUUCUGUCAGUAUUUUUCCUUUAACAAACAGCACUUCGUGGACCCAGUGUCACUGCUACAGUCCUCAGCUUUCACUUUGGCCAACACGCAGAGCUUGAAAUGCAGCUAUCUGCUGUCCAGUGAGCAGCUGCAGCGGAGCAGCUGGAGGCUGCGUUAUGAAGUCAUGCAGCUCUCCCAGUCACAAAAGAGAUUUCAACAGAUUACACCUGUGGCUGCUUCUUCCAUCAACACCAGACUCCUCUGCAUGUCGUUCUUUUUAAGCUAUUUACAGGCUGAAAUCUGAAUUUAGUACUCGUGAGCAGUCUUGUGUCAUGUGAUGUUAUUUUUGUGGUAUGUACAUAUUACCCAUUUGUGUAAAGGUGUUUUGAUAUGUCUAUUUUUGUAUACAUGGAAGCAUUCAUAUGUACUGCACAGCAUAGCACAGUGUUGUGUUUAUUUGCUUGUUUUUUAUUGUAGAAGACCUCAUAUUCAUUUGCCACAUCUAUCUGCAAAUACAUAUGAUUUUCAUUUA